GAUUUAAAUACAUGACCUUCACCUGCUACCAUUCACUUGUCAGUGGUGUUAUUACUGAGUAGAUCAUUGCUUACCAGCAUACCACAAUAACAUGAGGCCAUGAGGAGGCAGGGAGCUACAAUGAGGGGGGAAAGGCUGACAGAUGAGUAGAAUGAGGCACAGAACGAGGGAGUGGCGCAGAAAGGCAGGAGCAGCUUGUGUGUGUGUUUGGAGAAAGAGAUCCGAAUCAGCUCAGAGAAGAGAGUCGUCCCUCAGUGACAGAUCUGAAACCGGCGAGAGAGGAAACAACAGGGGCAAAGCCCCUUUAAGAUACACAGCUGUGGAGACAGAUUAAGACAGAACGACAGGCUGACAAGACCGUGAAAUAAAUAGAGGACUAUUGGCUUGUUUGACCAGGCUGGUUUCCACGGUGACAACAUGGGUGCUGUGGUGGGCACGUUGACCAUGCAAACCAAGCAGAGGAGACCUUCCAGAGAUAAAACCGAUGAUGAGCUCGAGAUGACGAUGGUGUGUCACAGGCCAGAGGGUCUUGAGCAACUCGAAGCCCAAACUAACUUCACCAAACAGGAGCUGCAGAUCCUCUAUCGUGGUUUCAAGAAUGAAUGUCCAAGCGGUGUUGUAAAUGAGGAGACGUUUAAACACAUUUACGCACAGUUCUUCCCUCAUGGAGAUGCAAGCAUGUACGCUCAUUAUCUUUUCAAUGCAUUUGACACUGCAAACAAUGGCUCCAUUAAGUUUAAGGACUUUGUAAUGGGUUUGUCUAUACUACUGCGAGGAACAUUGAGAGAAAAGCUUGAGUGGACGUUUCACCUUUAUGACAUUAACAGAGAUGGAUACAUUAACAGAGAGGAAAUGACUGAGAUUGUGAGAGCCAUUUAUGACAUGAUGGGCAGGUACACCUAUCCUGCACUGACAGGAGACGUCCCACAGCAACAUGUGGAUGCCUUUUUUCAGAAAAUGGAUAAAAACAAGGAUGGAGUGGUGACUUUAGAGGAGUUUAUUAUAGCCUGCCAAGAGGAUGAAACCAUGAUGAGAUCCAUGCAGCUGUUUGAAAACGUGAUGUAGGACAGGAAGAGACGGAAAAUCAGAGGGCUUGGUGUGAGUGGGGUGUGUGUGGAUGCAUAUGUGCAAUACCUCCAGUCUCUCCUCCUCUUCUCAUCUUGUCCAGCUUUGGCCUGGAUACAGUCAGAAUGCCCCAAAUGACUUGAAUGAAGGGAGUGGACUUUCAGCACAAUACAACGUGACUCAUGUGACAGACUUGGACAUAAAAGACAUCCCUCUCAUUCCUGUCUCGAAAAUUAGUCUGUUACAGAUAUUGAUGCUCCCACAUUACGAAGCUGCUCCCCACCAGCAAAGAGCUAUUGUUCAACCAGCUGAACUGUUUUUUUCCCCUCCAAAAUAAAUGCAUGCCUUUGCAAAAGUUUUGAUUCAUCCAAACAUUUGUCAGAUUUGUUAUGGGAAUUUGGCCAUAAGGACUGAUAUAUUUGUGUCAUGCAUUGAGUGGUUGACAGAUAUGGCAUACUUCAAAUGUCAUGUGUUGGUUUCACUGUUACAGUGACCCCUGUACCUUUGUGCUGAUGUGGCUGUCACUUGCCCGCUUAUUGUUGAGAGUCCAUCUAAAGCCUCCUGUAGAAAGUCAAACAAUUUGGUAACAUUUUGUGGGUCUUAUAUGGUAUGUGUGCCUGUCUUUCCAUCUGUGCUGGAACUUAAGUUUGAGGGAAAAGAAAGAAGUUUGUUUGUUUGAAAUUUGUAUACAUUUUCACCUGCUGCUUUGCUUCUUGUGGUCAAAUCAGUGUGUUGUCAAAAAAUGUAAAGAAAAAAAAAAGCAAGUAUUGUAAAAAAUGUGUAUACAUUUUGGAAUUCAUUAAGAAGUGCCCUCAAAACUAAUUUGCUGAAUAAUUAAUCAGAACAAAUAUGAAACCAAUAUGUUUGUUGGCACAGGUGACAGGUGAUCAAGGUGUAACUCUGAGAUGAAGACAGUAAAAUAUUUGUGUGGUACAACCUUUUUGAUCUCACUCACAGGCAUGAAUUUAUACAAGAAAGACUGAGAUGCAAGUUGCUGGGCCAUUCUAAUGAAAUUCUGGGAUGAGAAAUUUUGAGAUAACCUUGCGGGGAAAUACUACUGAAUGUCAACUUUGGAAUGAUUCUGAGGACAGCUCCAUCUGUGUACGUCCACAUUUGGCCCUGCCUCCUCUGUCCAAGUCAGAUCUGUGACGUCACACUGAUGUGCAGGUACAGUCAGAAUACGGUUUUCUGUGAGUCGUGGUGGGUUGGAAAGCACUGCCGUAACUGAAACCUGACUGGGAUGAAAUAGUUUAAGCACUAAAAUAUUCAUCACUGUUCUUUUUGCUGUCUGUGGAGCAGCUCUUUGCUGUGUGGUACAUUAGUGUGAUAUCACAGCCUCUGGUCUCUCAUGUCUUGGUUUGGAACAGAUUUGUUAAAUCUCACAAACAGAAAAUGAAUUCUAAGCCAUAAGAAUAAACAUGAA